CCGAAAGGACCCGAGCGCUGCCGAGCGCUCCCUAAUGGAGUUCCGGUAUCCGAAGUGCUCCGAGCGUUUCCGAGCGCAGUCGGGCCGGCGCGGAGAAUGUGGCGGCGGCGGCGUUGGGCGGGAGCGGGGGCGGCGCCAACGGAACCCCUUUAGAGCCCGUCCCGGGCCCAGAGCAGCGCUCAGCCAUGGGGCCGCCCUACAGCAACCUCAGAGCAUCCGGCGAGGACGGCCCCGCCGAGAGCAUCGGCUCCGUGUCGGGCAGCAGGAACGCGCUGCAGCCGCUGCAGGGGGAGGAGGAUGAACCCUUCACCACUUACUUCGACAGCAAAAUCCCCAUCCCCGAGGAUGAGACGCACUCGUGCUUCAGUUUCCGAAAGCUGUGGGCAUUCACCGGGCCGGGCUUCCUGAUGAGCAUCGCUUACCUCGACCCCGGCAACAUCGAGUCCGACCUGCAGUCCGGAGCUGUGGCGGGGUUCAAGCUGCUCUGGGUGCUGCUGUUGGCCACGGUGAUCGGGCUGCUGCUGCAGCGCCUGGCGGCGCGGCUCGGCGUGGUGACGGGGCUGCACCUGGCUGAGGUCUGCCAUCGCCAGUACCACAGGGUGCCUCGGAUCAUCUUGUGGCUGAUGGUGGAGCUCGCCAUCAUCGGCUCUGACAUGCAGGAGGUCAUCGGCUCAGCCAUCGCCAUCAACCUGCUGUCGGUGGGGAAGAUCCCACUGUGGGGCGGAGUGCUCAUCACCAUCGCCGACACCUUUGUCUUCCUCUUCCUGGAUAAAUACGGUUUGAGGAAGCUGGAGGCGUUCUUUGGUUUCCUGAUCACCAUCAUGGCGCUGACCUUCGGAUAUGAGUACGUGACAGUGAAGCCGAACCAGAAGCAGGUGCUGCAGGGGCUGUUUGUCCCCGGGUGCCGGGGCUGCGGCACCCCACAGCUGGAGCAGGCAGUGGGCAUCGUGGGGGCCGUCAUCAUGCCCCACAACAUGUACCUGCACUCCGCCCUGGUCAAGUCCCGCCAGGUGAAUCGCUCCAACCCACGGGAGGUGCGUGAGGCCAACAAAUACUUCUUUGCUGAGUCGUGCAUUGCGCUCUUCGUCUCCUUCAUCAUCAACGUCUUCGUCGUCUCCGUCUUCGCCGAGGCUUUCUAUGGGAAAACCAACAUGGAUGUGCACGAGGUUUGUGCCAACGCCAGCAGUGCCCACACAGGGCUGUUCCCGAGCGACAACACCACGCUGGAGGUGGACAUCUACAAAGGGGGCGCAGUGCUGGGCUGUUACUUCGGCCCAGCUGCUCUCUACAUUUGGGCCAUUGGGAUCCUGGCGGCUGGGCAGAGCUCCACCAUGACCGGGACGUACUCAGGGCAGUUCGUCAUGGAGGGCUUCCUCAACCUGCGCUGGUCGCGCUUUGCCCGCGUGCUGCUGACGCGCUCCAUCGCCAUCACCCCCACGCUCUUUGUGGCCAUCUUCCAGGACGUGGAGCACCUGACAGGGAUGAACGACUUCCUCAAUGUGCUCAUGAGCCUGCAGCUCCCGUUUGCCCUCAUCCCAGUGCUGACCUUCACCAGCCUGCCCAGCGUCAUGAACGACUUCGCCAACGGGCUGUUCUGGAAGAUCGGCGGCGGCGCCGUCAUCCUGCUGGUGUGCAGCAUCAACAUGUACUUCGUGGUGGCCUACGUGAUGGCGCUGAACAACGUGGGGCUCUACGUCGGCGCGGCCAUCCUCAGCAUCGUCUACCUGGCCUUUGUCGCGUACCUGACCUGGCUGUGUCUGAUCGCGCUGGGGGCCUCGGCACUGUCCUGCGGCAGCACGCGUUGCUGGGCCUUCGCUGCGCGCCCGGAGCUCUUCCUCCUCAACAACAUCGGCGUGGAGGCGGCGGUGACGCGGUGAUGUGGGAUGGGAGCUGGAGAUGGGAGCAGCGCCACCACGGAACGGGGAUGGAAACAAACAGCGUUGGGAUGGCACCAAAAUGGCACCAGAAUAACACAGGGGUGGCGCUGGGAUGGAACCAGAAUGGCAUUGGGGUGGCACCAUGAUGAUGUUGGGAUGGCAUUGGGGUGGCACCAGAAUGGCUUUGGGACGGAACUGGGAUGGCAUGGGGAUGGUAUUGGAAUGGCACCAGAAUGGCACCAAAAUGGGACCAGAAUAACACAGGGAUGGCACUGGGGUGGCACCACAAUGGCGUUCAGGUGGCAUUGGGAUGAUAUUGGGAUGGCACCAGAAUUGUGUUGGGGUGGCAUUGGAAUGGAACCAGAAUGGUGUUGGGAUGGAACUGGGAUGGCAUCAAAAUCGGACCAGAGUAACACAGGGAUGGCACUGGGAUGGAACCCGAAUGGCGUUGGGGUGGCACUGCGAUAACAUUGAGAUGGCACCAGAAUUGUGUUGGGGUGGCACUGGGAUGGCACCAAAGUGGUGCCAGAAUAACACAGGGGCAGCACUGGGAUGGAACCAGAAUGAUGUUGGGACGGAACUGGGAUGGCACUGGGGUGGUAUUGGGAUGGCACCAGAAUCGCACCAAAAUGCGAUCAAAAUGGUGCCAGAAUGAUACAGGGAUGGCACUGGGGUGGCACUGCAAUGGCAAUGGGAUGGAACUGGGACCAGAAUAACACUGGGGUGGCACUGGGAUGGAACCAGAAUGGCGUUGGGGUGGCAUUGGAGUGGCACUAUGAUGACGUUGGGAUGGAACUGGGAUGGCACCACAGUGGAACUAGAAUAACACAGGGUGGCACUGGGGUGGCACCACAAUGGCGUUGGGGUGGCAUUGGGAUGAUAUUGGGAUGGCACCAGCAUUGCAUUGGGGUGGCACUGGGAUGGCACCAAAAUGGAGCCAGGAUAACACAGGGAUGGCAUUGGUGUGGCACCACAAUGGUGAUGGGAUGGAACUGGGAUGGCACCAGAAUGGCACCAAAACGGGAUCGAAAUGGUGCCAGGAUGACACAGGGAUGGCAAUGGGGUGGCACCAGAAUAACAGCGGGACAGCAUUGGAAUGGAACCACAAUGGCACCAGGAUGGCAUUGGGGUGGCACUGGGAUGGAACCAGAAUGGUGUUGGGACAGAACUGGGAUGGCAUUGGGGUGGCACCAUGAUGACGUUGGGAUGGCAUUGAGAUGGCACCAGAAUGGCACCAAAACGGGAUCAAAAUGGUGCCAGGAUGAUACAGGGAUGGCAUUGGGGUGGCACCAUGGUGACGUUGGGGUGGCACUGGGGUGGCAACAAAACAGAACCAAAAUGGAAGCACAAUGACACAGGAAUGGCACUGGGAUGGCAUUGGGGUGGGACUGAGAUGGCACCAAAAUGGGAGCAAAAUGGGACUAAAAUGGGACCAAAAUGGCACAAGAAUAACAGGGAUGGCACCAGAAUAACACUGGGGUGGCACUGGGAUGGCAUGUCCCCAUGUGUCCCUGAGGUGUCCCCAACACAUCCUCCAUGUGUCUGCAGUGUGUCCCUGAUGGGUCCCCAAAAAGUCCCCAUCGUGUCCUCAAUGUGUCCUUAACAUGGCCCUGGUGUCCCCAAUACGUGCCCCAUAUGUCCCCAACAUGUCCCCAUCGCAUCGUCAGUGUGUCCCCCGUGUGUCCCCAACAUGUCCCCAGUGUGUCCCCACUGUGUUCCCAUGUCCCCUGUGUGUCCUCAGUGCGUCCCCAAUGUGUCCCCAACAUAUCCUCACCGUGUCCCCAGUGUGCCGUCACUGUUUCCCCAGUGUGUCCUCAGUGUGUCCCCAGCAUGUCCCCAAUGUGUCCCUGCUGGAUCCCCAGCAUGUCCCCAAUGUGUCUCCUGUGUGUCCUCAAUGUGCCCCCGAUGUGUCCCCAGUGCAUCAUCAGUGUGUCCCCAGCAUGUCCCUGGUGUGUCCCCAACAUAUCCUCAGUGUGUCCCCAGUGUGUCCCCAACAUGUCCCCCAUGUAUCCCUGAUGAUUGCCCCGUCCUUGGACGUGUUCAAGGCCAGGUUGGACGGGGUCCUGGGCAACCUGAUCUGAAUGUGGAUGUUUGGUGGCCCUGCCAGGCAGGGGGGUUGGAACUACAUGAUCCUUGAGGUCCCUUCCAACCCGGGUGAUUCUGUGAUUCUGUGAUUCUGUGAUUCUGUGAUGUGUCCCCAGCAUGUCCCCAACAUACCCUCAGUGUGUCCCCAGUAUGUUCCCAGCAUGUCCACCAUGUGUUCCUGAUGGGUCCCCAACAUGUCCCCAGCCAUGUCUCCAGUGUGUCCCCAUCAUCCUCUGUGUAUCCACAUGUCCCCAGUGUGUCCCCAGUGUGUUCCCAAUGUGCCCCCAUCACAUCCUCUGUGUGUUCCCAACAUGUCCCCAAAGUGUAAUCAAUCAAUGUAUCCCCAACCUGUCCCCAGUGUGUCCCUCAUGGAUCCCUAGAAUGUCCCCAACGUGUCCCCUGUGUGUCCUUAAUGUGUUCCCAAUGUGUCCCCAGUGCAUCAUCAGCGUGUCCCCAGCUUGUCCCUGUUGUGUCCCCAACAUAUCCCCCAUGUGUCCCUGAUGGAUCCCCAGCAUGUCCCCAGUGUGUCCCCCAUGUGUUCCCAUCGUGUCCCCUGUGUGUCCUCAAUGUGUCCCCAACAUGUCCCCAAAGCAUCAUCAUGUCCCCAACCUGUCCCCAGUGUGUCCCCAAGUCCCCAGUCGACGCAGUCGUUCCUUUCCCGAUUAGUUUGGCCUUCAUUUGGUUCAUUUCACUCUUGGUUAAUUACCAUGCUGGGGUCAUGCAGCGUUCCUUGUGUUCAGUCUCUAAUUACAGCGCUGCACUCGUUAAAUCUCUCAUUAAGUCUGUUGCCAAGCACGGCUUUUGGUGCCCACGUGUUCAGCGCCAUGGGGUGGGGAUCUAUGGGGCAGGGAUUGUAUGGGGCAGGGAUCUAUGGGAUGGAGAUCCCAAUGGGAUGGAUGCUAAUGGGAUCUAUGGGGUGGAGAUCCAUCUAUGGGAUGGAUGCUAAUGGGAUCUAUGGGGUGGAGAUCCAUCUAUGGGAUGGAUGCUAAUGGGAUCUAUGGGGUGGAGAUCCAUCUAUGGGAUGGAUGCUAAUGGGAUCUAUGGGGUGGAGAUCCAUCUAUGGGAUGGAUGCUAAUGGGAUCUAUGGGGUGGAGAUCCAUCUAUGGGAUGGAUGCUGCUGCCGGGGGAUGAUGGGAGGGAUGCCGCCUGCGUGAGGUGUGAGCAGGUGGACGAGCUGCUCAGCCUUGUGGUGGAGCUUAGGGAGCAGGUGGAGAGGUUAAGAUCCAUUAGAGACUGUGAGAGGGAGAUGGACUGGUGGUGUAACUCUGUGAGAAGCAAGCAGAGAUUGCAGCCCCCAGCCUGUAGUGGACUCUCUCCCUUGCUGUGGUCAAACCGAGAGAGCUGACUUGAGAGGAGAGGAGAAAUGGCAGCAGGUCCCACCUCAGCAGGCAGCCCCCUUCCUGACCUACCUUGGUUCCCCAGGUGCCUCUAAGUAAUUUUGAAACCCUGGAACUGGAGGGCGAGGAGGCUGAGAAUGAGGUGGUGGAACAGCCAUCGAGAUUUCCUAAGGAGAGGCGGUCAGCUCCACGCUUGAAGACCACCUCUUCUGGUAAAGAAAGGAGGGUGAUCGUUGUAGGAGACUCCCUUCUACAAGGAACUGAGGGCCCGAGACGUCGACCUGCCCCCACCCGGAGGGAAGUGUGCUGCCUCCCUGGGACACGGGUCAGGGACAUCUCUCGAAAGCUGCCUGGGCUUAUUCGCCCGUCUGACUGCUACCCCUUAUUGGUAGUUCAGUUGGCAGUGAUGAUGCUGCCAAGAGAAGCCUAAGGGCAAUCAGGAAUGACUUCAAGGGUUUGGGGAGGGUACUGGAUGGUGCGGGAGUGCAUGUAGUCUUCUCUUCUAUCCCUUCAGUGGCGGGGAAGGACACAGAGGAUCCAAAAAACCCUCCUCAUCAAUAAAUGGCUUAGAGGCUGGUGCAGGUUUUUUGACCAUGGGGCAAUUUACUCAGCUCCUGGCAUGACAGCUGCAGAUGGAGCUCAACUGUCUGCAAGGGGUAAAAGGAUCCUAGCCCAGGAGCUGGCAGGCCUCACUGAAAGGUCUUUAAACUAGGAAAGAAGGGGGAAGGGGACAAAAUGAGGGCUGCUGAGGUUCAAGUAGUUCGAGGUUCAAAAGUGAACUUGAUGGGUGAUGAGGGUGGAGUUGGAAGGGAUGGAGUGUGGCAGGGGAAUGCUGCCUCCCUGAAGUGUCCAUACAGCAAUGCACGCAGUAUGGGAAAUAAACAGCAAGAGCUGGAGAUCUGCGUGCGGUCACAUGGCUAUGAUCUCACUGCGAUCACAGAGACGUG